ACCUCCCUUUGGCUACCUCCAUUUUAUCAUAAAUCAUCACCUUCUUCUUCUUCUUUUUCUUCUUCUUCUUCUGUCUCCCCCACCAAAUCUCCACCACUGAGCAGCACAAACCCUCUUCUUGUAUAUUGAUUCUUGAAAAACAGCCACUCUUUCUUCCUUAAGUAGAAUCAACAUCGGUUAAAAGAGGGAACAGCAAUAUAAAGAAGAGAAACUUCUUGGGGAUACAUGGCUAGAGAACAGUGUGAAGAUAAGUCGAGGAACAUGGUAUCUUCAGGAAGUUUUUGUUACCCAGAUGUUUCAUCGAGUAACCCAACAAUCCAAACCCAUCUUGGGAAUCAGAUCCAAGGAUUUGAAUCCAAUCCGGAGAUCUUCAACUUGACUACAGGUAUGGAGAUGAUAGGGUUUUCAAAGAAUCUACAGCACCAACAAAGCGACAGUAACUCUGUCAUGUGGAAAGGUUUCUUUAACAAACCAGCAAACAACCACCACCCUGGUGGUCCUUCUUCUUCAAAGACGAUUCAUGAAUCGACAAGUGGUGAUUUUUAUCAACAUGAAUUCAGCAAACCUGAUUUCUCAACUGGAAUUUCUGAGGCAAGUAAUGAGAAUCUAAUGGUUGGGGCUGAUCACUCAGCUCCUUGGCAAGAAAACAGGUUGCUUGUUGAUGAUUCUUCGUUGACAUGUGUGUUUCCAUGUGAAGGAAAUGAGAGGCCAAGUCAAGGUCUUUCACUCUCUCUGUGCCCAAGCAACCCUUCCAGUAUUGGUUUACAUUCUUUUGAACUAAGACACACCCCUACUCAUCAGAAUCAAGAUAAUUCACAAGAAGAAAUGAGGUUCUUUGGCAAAUCUCCAGCAAAUAUACAGCAACAGAUGAUGCAGGAUGGUUUUUUGACAAAAGCUGCAAAUUUGCAUCAUCAAGCGCAGUUUCAGCUGAGGAACUCAAAGUACUUGGGUCCUGUACAGGACCUAUUGAAUGAGUUCUGUAAUAUUCGGACAAAGCAAGGUGAUGCGCUAAAGCAAAAGCCACACAAGCCUAAACAGUGGGAUGAUGAUCAGAAUGGAAGUUAUUCAAGAAAGCAAUCUCUUGAAUCUCUUCAAUUCAUUGAAUUGCAGAAGAGAAAGACAAAGAUGCUUUCAAUGCUGGAAGAGGUGGAUAGAAGAUACAGGCACUACUGUGAUCAAAUGAAAACUAUGGUGUCAUCCUUUGAAGCCGUGGCAGGUACUGGAGCUGCGUCAGUCUACUCAGCUUUAGCAUCUAAAGCCAUGUCAAGGCACUUCAGAUGUUUAAGAGAUGGAAUUGUGGAACAAAUUCAUGCAACAAAGAAAGCUAUGGGGGAGAAAGAUCCUGUUGCACCAGGUACAACAAAAGGUGAAACUCCAAGGCUUAAGAUUCUUGAUCAAGCUUUAAGGCAACAAAGGGCUUUUCAACAAAUGGGCAUGAUGGAGAGCCAUCCAUGGAGACCUCAAAGAGGCCUUCCCGAAAGAUCUGUGUCGUUUCUUCGAGCGUGGUUGUUUGAGCAUUUUCUCCAUCCGUACCCAAGUGAUGUUGAUAAACAUAUUUUAUCCCGUCAAACUGGUCUCUCGAGAAGCCAGGUAUCCAAUUGGUUUAUCAAUGCAAGAGUGAGGCUAUGGAAACCUAUGGUGGAAGAGAUGUAUUUAGAAGAAACAAAGGAGCAAGACAAUAACAUGGCCUCCUCGGAUGGAGUCACUGAUCUUGAUGAAAAUAUCAAUGGCCGGCCUAAUCAAAAUCCUUCUUCAACAGAUCAAAAACCGACACCGGACCAUCUCAUUCGAAUUGACUCUGAAUGCCUGUCUUCCAUUAUCUCUAACCCAGAUAAAAACGGCACCAAUAAAAGCACCAUAUCAUUUCAAAGCCACCACUUGCAACACCAACAACAGAGUUUUGGAAACUUUGGUAGUAUGGAUUUGGAUUUUUCAUCUUACAAUCAUCACGCGGCGGGUGGGGUUUCUUAUGCUAAUGAUAGUGCUAGUAACCAGAACUUCAAUAGUGGUGGUGGAGUGUCGUUGACAUUAGGGUUGCAACAGCAUGGAGGGAGCGGAGUGAGCUUAGCAUUCUCUCCUGCCUCUCAAAGUUCUCUAUUUUACCAUAGAGACCAUAUUGAAGAUUGCCAACCAGUCCAAUACUCACUUCUAGAUGGUGAAGGACAGAAUUUGCCUUACAGGAAUUUGAUGGGAGCUCAGUUACUGCAUGACAUGGCUGGAUGAAAAAAAAAUUGCUUGAUCGGACAUUCGGUGGGGAUAUUGCCGGAGUUCUUACUAAAGGAUGGUGAUGGUUGCCAAGUAGUUUUAGGUGUAGAUAAAAACUCCAUACGUAUCUACAUAAAGCUAUCCUAGUUAGUUAAAAAUACUGUGGACAUUAGUUCCAUAGCUAGAAUAGUUUGGCCUUUUUUUUUUCUUUUUUUGCAUUGGAAAUUAAGAACUUGUUUCUUUUAUGAGAGGCUAAAUUGGAAUUGCAUGUGAUCGACGCAAGGUAAUUCAGGUAUUUCUUCACUCUUUUGGGUAGAAUCAGUUUUUCAAGAA